AUGGCCGGGGUUCAGGUGUGGACUUCGGCGACUGUGAUGGCAUCCUCUACUUUGUCCCCGGUGCGGGGGGGAUCGGACGGCAAACGCAACGACGGCCUAUGCGUGGAACUGGGGCAAAGCGCUACUCUCAUGCGCGACACCCUCGCUGAGGCGGCGGCGACUCGUGGGCCACCUGCACCCAUUCGGCCGGGAGUUGGAGCCUCCGCGACUUCGGAAAAAGACAGCCCUCAUAAAGAUGGCGCUCUUCCCAACAGGGGUUCGCGCGGCAGUCUUCAAUCUGCCGUCCCAGCAGCCGCGACCCAGAAAGCGGCCACAGGCGAGCUGUCCUCGCCCUCUGCGACAGACAGCCAUCCGACGCCUGGCACUGAAGCUGUCAACGACUCCGCAGCCGCCAUGGUCGCCAACGUCAGCGGCGGGACCCCACCUGAGCACGCAGGCGCGAACUCGCGUGAAAUCCCGGCCGAUGGGGUUCCAGUAGAAGAGGCGCUUCAGGCAAUCGGCGACGAUGACCCGUUAAUUCACACCUUGCCCGAUGGAAUGGUCGGGCGUCGCGCACCAGCGAACCCCUUUAACUCUCCGAUGUUCGCCAAGUUGAGAGGCAAGAAGAAGAAGGUUCGCCCCAAGGUUCGAGAUCCGAAGUUGAAAAACAAUCCACUCAGAGGCCGGCUGGUUGUGUGCAUCAGCACGACCGCACUUCUUUGCUGGAUCUUCAUGUGGGAAAUGCUGUACAACUACACGAGCUUCAACGGGCGGUGCGUGAGUCCGGUUAUGUAUCCGGACUACAAGUUGGAAACGGAGAAACAGCGACAGCCUUACGUCAUUCGAUAUGGCUACGGAGGCUGUCAGUACAACUUGGGGAAACUGGCGUACCCGCGUGCUGCGUUCGGAACAGAUGCGGGCGACAAGGGGUGGCCCGUGGAUCUCGUUCCCAACGGCAGCGCUGGAGCUUCUUUGUCGAGCUGGGAGUCUCCGAACGCCCGCAUUUUGCGCCAUCUGGGAGGUCUAGAAACGAAUUACAUUCGCGAGUACAGCGAGACGUUCAGGCUGUUCACGUCCAUGUACAUGCACGGCGGCUGGAUGCACAUCCUUAUCAAUCUUUCUUGCCAGAUCCAGAUUUUGUGGAUCAUCGAGCCUGAUUGGGGCUUUUGGAGAACAACACUGCUGUUCUUCUUAGGAGGCAUUUCAGGAAAUCUCCUCUCAGCUGUUGCCGACCCUUGCAGCAUUACGGUCGGGUCCUCUGGUUCCAUGUACGCUCUGCUGGGGGCUCUGAUUCCCUACUGCGUUGAAUACUGGAAAUCAAUUCCGCGGCCCGGCUGUAUUCUCGUCUUCAUGAUCGUCGUUGUGAUUAUUGGCAUAUUGACCGGCAUGGCGGGUUUCACGGACAACUACGCCCACAUGGGUGGCGCGUUGGGCGGUAUUUUGUGGGGCUUCGCGAGCAUUACGACCGUCUCAGCUUGCGACAAGUGCACCCUGGGUGAACGAAUGGCGACGACGCCUCCCUUCAGUUGGUGUGUGCCCAAGAAGACGCAAGAGAAACUCCUUGAGAUCGCCAAGGCGCGAAAGGCGGAUGCCAUCCGCAGACGCAAGCUUCAAGCGAUACAGAAGAAGAAGGCAGGAGGUGCGCGGGGCAAGGCCAUGUAUGCAGUGAAGAUGCGUCUGCAGGAAGAAGGCCGUCCUCCUUGCAAGAUGAGUUUUAGGGAGUGGGUCAUUCGAGGGCUCUGCGCGGCUACCCUGUUAGCGUACUGGGUGAUUUUGUUCCUUUACCUGCUGGAUCCGUCCCUGUACAAGAGCUACUCUCCGCCCGGCCAGUUGAAGUUCAGCGGGUGGCUGUACUGUAAGUGCGGAACGAUCGUGUACGAGGCGCCUCAGACGUAUGGCAAUCUGGGACGUUUCUGGUGCUUUGGAAACGAGAAGGACGCGUCCUUUUAUCUCGAACCGUAG